GAGGUGAAGAGGGGCUUCUCAGGCCCAGGAAGGGCCAAGGAGAGAGAAGAGAUCAGCCUCUCUGCUCCCACUGCUCCCAGCAAGUCUUCUAAGGCUCCAGUCGCUUUUCUACACACGGAGUUUCCAGGAAAGAAAAACCAAACUUCGCCCAGAUGAAGAGAACCCACCUGUUUGUGGUGGGGGUCUACCUGCUGUCCUGCUGCAAGGCAGAGGAGGGGCUGAAAUUCCCCACCUAUGACGGCAAGGACCGCGUGGUUAGUCUAACCGAGAAGAACUUCAAGCAGGUUUUGAAGAAAUACGACUUGCUCUGCCUCUACUACCAUGAGCCCGUGUCUUCAGAUAAAGUCGCACAGAAACAGUUCCAAAUGAAAGAAAUUGUGCUGGAGCUUGUGGCCCAGGUCCUGGAACAUAAAGACAUAGGCUUUCUGAUGGUGGAUGCCAAGAAAGAAGCCAAGCUUGCCAAGAAACUGGGUUUUGAUGAAGAAGGAAGUCUGUAUGUUCUUAAGGGAGAUCGCACAAUUGAGUUUGAUGGCGAGUUUGCAGCUGAUGUCUUGGUGGAGUUUCUCUUGGACCUCAUCGAAGACCCAGUGGAGAUCAUCAACAGCAAACUAGAAGUCCAAGCCUUCGAGCGCAUUGAGGACCACAUCAAACUCAUCGGCUUUUUCAAGAGUGAGGACUCAGAAUAUUACAAGGCUUUUGAAGAGGCAGCUGAACAUUUCCAGCCUUACAUCAAAUUUUUUGCUACUUUCGACAAAGGGGUUGCAAAGAAAUUGUCCUUGAAGAUGAAUGAGGUUGACUUUUACGAGCCAUUUAUGGACGAGCCCGUUGCCAUUCCUGACAAACCCUACACAGAAGAGGAGCUCGUGGAGUUUGUGAAGGAGCACCAAAGACCCACUCUACGUCGCCUGCGCCCAGAAGAUAUGUUUGAAACAUGGGAAGAUGAUUUGAACGGGAUCCACAUUGUGGCCUUUGCGGAGAGGAGUGACCCAGAUGGCUACGAGUUCCUGGAGAUCCUGAAGCAGGUUGCCCGGGACAACACGGACAACCCUGACCUGAGCAUCGUGUGGAUUGACCCUGAUGACUUUCCUCUGCUUGUUGCCUAUUGGGAAAAGACUUUCAAGAUUGACCUAUACAAGCCACAGAUUGGGGUGGUGAAUGUGACAGAUGCUGACAGUGUCUGGAUGGAGAUUCCAGACGACGAUGACCUGCCCACGGCUGAGGAGCUGGAAGACUGGAUCGAGGAUGUGCUUUCUGGGAAGAUAAACACGGAGGAUGAUGACAACGGAGAUGGAGAGGAUGACGAGGACGAGGACGAGGAGGACAGUGACAAUUCUGAUGAAGAGGGUGACGAUGACAGCGAUGACGAGGAUGAAUAG